AUUAGAUUAUGUUUUAGGUACAUUACAUCAGAAGAUAAUACAGAUGAGUUUUCAAUACUGAAAACAGUGUUUGGUUUGAAAAAAGAUGUAAUACAAGACGUUAAGCUUUGCCAAUCCAAUAUUCCAGACCACCAAACCAAUAUAUACUAUGUUAAAAGAAUUCUUGAAGACAACCUAGAUGAUGAAGAAGAUGUACCUGAGAAAGAUAAACUGGAAGAAGUACUUGAGCGCUCUGGAUUUUCAAAAGAGAAAGCUUCGGAACUAUCACAAUGGCUUCGCGGAAUCGACCUGUUUGAAAAUCAGAGAUUAUUCUAUUGGGUGGAACGGUAUCUAGAUUUCUUGAAUGAUACGUUGCCUACUGAUCCAUAUCCACAUCAACCACAAAAGAUAGAAGAAAAAUUUGAGAAACCAGACAAAUAUAAUACCACAGAACAGCCACGCGAAAAUGACGAAGAAUAUCUUAACAUAGUAUUCGUAAAUGUUCGAAAUAAACACAGUAAAUUUUUUGCGACGAAUUUAAGAUUUUCGUACAUCGCCACUCCAUGUGAAGAUGGAUAUUGGUAUCACGGUACAAGUCACAAGGCAGCUCAAUCUAUCUUUGAUAUAGGGAUAGACUUGAGCAAAGGAAAAGAAAAGCAGGAUUUCUCUGAUGGGUAUGGUUUCUACUUGACACCAAAUUUCAAAGAUGCGAAACAUUAUGCUUUGGAAAAUGGUCACCCUGGUGGAUCAAUUUUGGUGUUCGAGUUUAAUUUUGGCAAGUCCAGUCUGCUACGAAAUGCAAAUGAUAAACCACCUAAAGGUUUACACCUUACAGAUGACGAAGAAGGAUGGAGAUGUGUUGUGAAGCAUAACCGCACUGGAAAAGCCACCUCUUGUCCAAAACACUAUAAAAAGGCUGAGUAUGUGUAUGGUCCGAUGUCCAAUUACACAAGAAAUCCAAGUCAUCCAACUAAACAUAAUCACUUCACAACCCCUCAAAUGUGCAUCAAGAAGGACGAGUUGGCAAUUGCAGUCCGCUAUGCGUUAAAGGAAAUAUAUUUUUUUCCAUCCAAAGUUAAGAAAAAGUAAAAAAUAUAAGUGAAGAACUUCCUAGAAUUUGGAUAUACUAUUUUUAUUUAAUUUUUUGUAUUCAUGCGCACAUCGGAAAAUUAUU